AGUGCCAAAGCCUGCAGACACCACGCGAGAGAAGUGUUUUCUCAGUUCGUCAGUAUCCUGGUUUCCUGAUCCUAUGUUUAGAAUUUUUACGUUAUUAAAAAAAAAAAGUAACCUUCUUCACAUGGCAUUUUAGCGAACAGCUAGACUAAGAUAGUUGCAGUUUAUAGAAUAAAAUUUAAGCUUUUUCGCAUGAGUUCUAAAUAUCAUGACUAACUAUCAAUGACUUUAGAAUCGGAUUAUUUUAUGUAAAAUAAAGCGGGAAUUUGUAUGCACAGUUUCAAACAAUAAUCAUAACUGAUAUUUGUGAUGGAAGAUUACGCACCGCUGGAAUGUCGAGGCUAUCUGAUAACUCUCCAAAGUGCACUAUUAGCAGAAUGUCAACAAAUUACGGAACGCGAUGAAUUUGCGCGGGCAAAUGUUCUUGAAGUAGGUUGCGGUUACGGUGCAACGACAGCCCAGAUAUCGGAUUACUGGCCCCACAAUCGAGAAGUUCUCGGUAUUGAUUCUAAUAAAAAUGCAAUUAAUUAUGCAUUCACAUUUGUGGCAGACGAAAAGAUGGAUUUUGCCUAUGCAAAUAUUGAAGACCAGAGUACAUUCGAUCUCACUUGGGCGGGAAAAUUUGACUGGAUUUUUUCAUCUCAAGCAUUAUUCUUUGUGAAAGAACAUGCUACGGCUCUCAGGAACUUGAUGUGGUGUUUGAAACCUGGUGGAAAAUGCUUUAUAGCUGUCCCUGCUGCAAAACCUUCUGAUUUUCAUGUAGCAGCGAAAAGAGUUUUGGGUGCUGAUUGUUGGAAACGCGAAUUCGAGCCCAUAUCAGACCUUAUAUCCGAUAUGACAGAAGUGAAUUGUAACAGACUGUGGUUCCACCAUCCGCAUGCAGACAGAGUAUAUUCUGCACUGUUGGAACAGGUUGGCUAUCAAAUUUUACAUACAAAGUUGUUCAACUUUCGAUAUAUAUUUUCAUCUCCUGAUGAGUACAAAGCAUGUUUACAGAGCCUUGUUCGUAAACCGCUUCAAUACAUCCCAGAAGAAAAGAGAGAAAAUACUUUGAAGGAAUUCAUUAAGAUUGCUUCCAAAAAAACUAAAAAAACACCAGGUGGUUCAGUUAUCUGGAAUCUGAAAUAUGCUUUUGUUCUGGCCAAAAGACCUGAGCUGUAAUUGAUUAAAAUAACAUAUUUUGUAUGCUCUUUUUCUACACAUAAACCUUCCUUAUAAAUUGUAAAAUUUUGCUA